CGUUAUCGAAAAGGGACCGUUCGGUGUAUGCGUGGCGACGACUUCUGUACGUGGUUCCCAUAGAAACCAACGUGUAAACGAGGAAAGAAAGUCAUCUGUGAAGAGUUGAGGGUGCAGAUCAUUGAAGAAGUUCACCCAGCAGCCUUUGGAACUCCCUUCCAAUCACUGUGUCUCUCGUGGGUCACAUGACUACAUGUCACUCAUCAAAGAUAACAACAAAGAAACCAGAGGCAGAGCAUGGGUUGUAAACCUGAACAUCGCUCUUCAAAUUAAUCAGCUGAUUUUCUAAAAAGCAUUGGUCUACAGAGAAGCAAGGCAAAGCUGGAUUUUGAGAGAUGACCCACCUGCUGGGCAGACAGGACUGUGUGGACAGCCUGCGGAAGGAUGUGACUGACCUCCAGGGCACCAUCCUGGACGUGAUGUCCAGAGUGGGCCCGGCUCGGUUCCCCUCCUGGAAGUUUCCUGACAAGGUGUCCUGUGAUCUGGACCUGGUGACGCUGCUGGAGCACUACGACUUCGUGGAGGGUGAUGAGGAGUUCAGCCAGCAUUCCCAUAUUGCGUUGUUAGAGCUGGUCGUGGACAGGCUCCUGUUGCUGCUGCAGUCUUUUACACGCUACACUGAAAUCCUGCUAGCAGAAGCGAAAGGAUCCUCCCAGUCCAGGGUUAUUGGGCCCUCCAUGUCCAUAGAACUGGUAGUGAAGAGGUACUGGAACAGCCUUCUCAAAGUGGGAAACUUGUACCAGCACACGCUCAGAGAGAGAAAAUCUGCAGAUAAAGAGGCAUCUAAACUUCAAAUGAAGGCUGCCGAGCAGGAGUCUUUGAGGGACAAGGCAAAUAGCUCUACCGCCUCUUUAAUCAGAGCUAAGGAUCAGACCAGCACACUGGUACCAGAUUCCUGCGCUAGAGACUCUCGCACUGUUGGCUGCCAGACUCUGGAGUCAUCACUGGUGCCCUGCGAUGCCUGUGCCCACUCACAGGCCAGCCUGAAGGAGGUCAGCAAUACCAUCAUCAACAUCUGCCAGAGCCAGAAUCUGCCCUCCUCCCUGUGUCGCUUCAGGGAGGCAGUGCAGGGGACACUGGGAGAGAAGCCGCUCUCCUCUACAGAUAUGGCGUACUGGGCAUCCGAGCAGAGCAAGGACUUGGCACGCAUCAAUAAACACUUCGGCGACCUCCUUAACUUGGUCAGUCCUUUGAAGGAGAACCUGGCAGCCUCGGAGAAGAAGCAGGUUGAGCUGAAGCAAAGCGUGGAGAGCUUCAAGGGGAUCCUGCACAAGGAAAAGGGGGAGCACCAGAUAAGGAUUCAGGAGUUUCAGAGCAGGAUGGAGGAGAUGAGCAUGAAGAAUGAAUGGGCUGUGAAAAAACUGGAGGGGGAACGAGAGGAGCUGAGGAAAGGUACCUUGUCUCUGGAGGAGAGAAACUCCAGACUGAAGGAAGAGCUAACAUCGCAGCAGGCCAGCAUCGAUGAUCUUGAGCGGAAGCGAGAGGCGCUGCUGGAGGAGAUGAGGACUCAGCUGGUGGAUAAGGGUGUAGUGCUGGCCCUGGAAGAGAGAGUCCGAGGGCUCCGCACUCAGCUAGACAGCAGCUCCACACAGCUCUCCAGCACCAUCACAGAGCUGGACAAAGAGAAGGCCAAGUUCCACAGCAUGUGCAGGCAGCAGGAGUCCCUGCAGCUCAAGCAGAGGGCCCUGCUGCAGCGAGUGGAUGCUCUGGAUCAGGAGUGUGAGGAGCUCAAGAGCAGCCUGGGGGACCAGGAGGAGCACCUCAGCCAGCUUAGUGAAGAGAGGGCGGUGCUGCAGAGCCAGCUCGCACAGCAACAGGUCUUGACAGAAGAGCUGCAGCAGGAGAAGCAGAGGCUGGAGCAGUCUGUGAGUGAGCUGCAGAGGAGCAUCUCCCAGCUGGAAGGACAGGUCCAGGAGCAGAAGGAAAGGGAGAAGCUGCUGGUGUCCUUCCCAGACCUCUGCGAUACAUCCCAGUGUCCGCUCGAAAGUACAGGCGAUGUCGUUACAGACAUGCAGAAGCAGCUGCAGGCUAACUCUCUCCGCAUUAGUGUUCUGGAGGAGGAUAACUCCAGGCUUCGAAACAGCCUGAGCAAGCUGAGAGAGAGUACUCCGCACAGGGAGUACCAGCUAAUUCCCAAGAAACAACUCUGGUCACAUUCAAGUGCCAGCCAGAAGCAAGACAGUCUGGAGAAUACAGAGCGCAGCGCAAAAGACUCCAGCUCAUCCAUCAUCAGUUGGGAAAAUGAAGGCACUGUAAAGAUGAGUGCCUCUGCAGGACCCCUAGCUGAACGCUGGGAGAAUAGGACUCCUGCAGCAGCAGGGGGAUACAGACUGGCCCCUACAGUGUCUUUCCCUGCACAUUCACUACUCAAGGGAGCUGCACUUCAGGGCAGGAGGAAAUAGCACACCACCACCUGAAACCAAAGUAACAGAUGGAUUUACACAGUGGCAGGAGUGUCAAACUGCUUUCCUGGAGGACUGCAGUGUCUUCUGGCUUUCAUUCCACCCACGCUCUCAGUUACUUAAAUGGGCUAAUUAUUUGAUGAACUGAACACCUCUUUCCAGGCCUCAAAAUGUUUUAUAGGUAGUGUACCUUGAAUCAAGUACAAUUUUGAAAUAACUGUAAAAGGCCUUGAAAAAAUAUUAAAUAGGUCCAAUUGAACAAAUAAUUAAAUCAAUUAAGUUAAUUGCAAGCUUAAGUUGGAAUGAAAACCAGAAGACCCUGCAGCCCUCAAGGACUGGAAUUUGCCACCCCUGGCUCAUAGCGAUUCCUUUCGGUAUUUUCAGUGGUCUGCAGUUCCCAGUAUUCUCACUAGGUGUCACACUAAGGAUAACAUUGGCAAACCUGAUGGUACAGUAGCAUUAUGCAUGAAUUCUAAGACACCUAUGGUGUCUCAGCAACUAUUUGGACUGCAUUUUAAAAUGAUCAGUGAACUAUAAUAGUCGGCAUCUUUGUUUAAAGCUGCAUGCUUCUAGUACUUACCUUGCAGAUUAUAGCUAUUGCUCUUUACCACGUUUGAGAUUUUGAAGUGCUGUUGUACACUAUAUGGGAACUGCUGAUACUGCAGACUGUGACCACUUUAGUAGGAAAUGGAUGUUCUGAAAACAUUUACACUGGAUAAAAUAUUCACACUACCUAUAUAGUGCACAUUCAUUUUGAAAACAUGAUUGUGAAAUAAGUGAAUGGAAAUCGUAGUCAAGGCAUGUUGACCAUGCAUUAAUUAAGUAGUGUUAAUAUGUUCUAUUUAUACUCCAAAACCAAGCAUGAAUUCAGUGAGCUACAACAUUGUUACCAGGUUGGUCAACCAAAUAAGAAUCGUAUUGAUGUUUCCGUCAUAUUAAUUCAAUAUGAAUAAAAAAUAAAAAAUGGGUCAAUUCUUAAGCAAUCAUGUUGUGAUAAAUGGAACUUACAGCUUUACCCUAUUUUUAAAAGGGUGUGGCAUUGCUAGCCAGUCUAUGCCUGGGUGCGUUCAUUGCAGCUGUAACGCAGUUUCAGGCAGGCUUGCAAACAGCUAUUUGAUUGGUCCCUCCCAGUAGGUUAGCCUUUUCAAUUUUUCAGAGGACUCUGCAUUACAGGCCAGGUCUGCUGACAUUAGUUUUCAGUUUUCUCAAUCGCCCCAAUAUAUCAAUAAAGGCAUUAGCAGUAUAGAGAGAUGUAAUCAAUCCCCCACUUGCUGCAAGCGUCAGCGCAUUCUGUGUAGGGGAGGUUUACUGGUUGAGGAGACAGGCACAGUAUUUCAAUUCAGCAGAUGGUGAACAUUGAAUUUCUAAGUAAUACAAAUUUAGGCUAUGCUGGGUAUAUUGAGGGACGACAUAUUAGGGUUUUCAAAAGUACAUUAUUACAAUUUGAUUCUAGUUAGUUUGUAACUAAGAUUUUAAAUUUAGGUGCCCUUUUUAGUGUCUAUUUGUGGCUAUCUUAUCCGUUGCUGUUGUGUGGGUACACUCAUACCCUAUUCAGACAUCCUGUGUAAUGCGUGGUCAUCACUGUUUGGAUAUUGUGGAUGAAGUGAAUCGCAUGCUUCUCACAUGAUCGCUCUUCAUUUAGGGAGUAGGAAUAGGAUAUCAAUUGAAUCCAGGAAUCCUCAAUUGAGGAAAAUAGCCUCAAUCGAAUUAAACGUAGAGUGCAGAUGGUCAGAAGGUGAGAUUUUUGUCAGGUUCGAUCGAGCAGUAAUUAUAAUGAAUUCCCUGAUAAAAUGGCCUUAGUGGACCACAGGUCCUGAUUGAGGGAGAUCUUCAGUGGUCUCAAGUUAAAAGGGAAUGGUGAGUCACAAAGAGAGAGCGAUCCUUCCUCAUUAAAAUCACUGAGUACCUGCAACAUGCCACAGUCCAGGGUUCAGUAUUACAUUUCCAUGCCUUUUUUAUUUUAGAAACCUAGUUCAGCAUUAGCGUAAUAAAGUCUGUAUGUGCAACAAAAUCCAGAUCACAACUAACCCACUGAAAAUCUGCUUGGCGUUGUCCAAUUUUUAUCACGAAAUGGUUUCUAUGUGGUCUGUAAUUGCUUACAAACAGAAUUGAACAAAUGCCUGUCUCUUGAUAAUUUAAUGAUUACUUGAUAUAACUGGUUCUUAAUGCUGUAUGCUGAAAAUAUCUACAAUUAGCAUACAACAUUACCAAGAAACAGAAAGAGUUUAAGUGGCUAUUGCAAAAACAAUCAAUGAAUUGGGACAUAAACACAGAGGGACCACAGUCCCGAGUUACCCUAAAAAAAAACACUUUUCUGUUUAUACCGUUAAUCAUUUACUCAUUAUGAUAAAUUUGAUUUAGCAAAUAUUUUAGUUUUAUGUAUUAAACAUUGCUGCGGGGAGCUCUGAAUGUGACGUCAAUGCUCCAAGCUAGCCAUUGAAAUAUGAACAAUAAAUGUGCUUUGGAGCUCCCACAUGUAGUAUAAAGGCCCAGGCUGAUUGUGUGAUGGCUAUUGUAUUCUGUUUUCAGAGCUGCUGUGAAUUAAAUUGAAUUAAAGCUGCAAGUGUAAGUACCUGAGAAGUCCCACUUAUCUGGAAAGAGAGAAGCGUAUCUCAAGCAUUGGACAGGCUGUGAUUGCACUAGAACUAACAUCUUCAAUACCAUAAGUGCAUGGAUUGGCUUAUAAGACAAGUUCUGUGUCUAUAGCUUAAGACACAGACCUUGGUGUCCCAAUGACAUUUUCUUUCUGAUAGCUAUGUAUUAAUAGAAUGUAUUCUUUAUGCUCAAAAGCACCUGUAAAAACCAUUCUAGAUGAUUAUAAAUAGAAGAGAUGGUGAGUCAAUGCCUUGACAAGGAGGGUUUGUUUUUCGGGCUAAUAGUGAUAACAUCAUCUCCAUUACUACUCAGGAGAUCGAUAUUCCAAGACUGACGGCUGGGUUUCACCUGUCAAUAGGACUCAAUAGCAGGCAUGGGGGUUUAGUUUUGCGUUGUCAACAGGGCAAGCUACGAUUCAACAGACAGUAUAACUAGAAAUUGUGUAACAUCUUCAACAACAUUACGCAUCAUUCAUUUGAGCUUAGACUGUGUUUUUUACAUUUCUGACAAUGUUAGUGUGUUGGUUCAGGAGAAACUUGUUGCUCGCAGCUGCAGCAACCUUGCAGACUGAAAGCAUCCUGUAUUUUAUAAAGCACUCUGCUGUGUAUAAUAACUGAUUGAAUUUCAGUGACAUGACUAACACAGGCAGGGGUUUCAAAGGGCCUUGGAGUUUCCAUGGCAACAGGCAGAAUGAGCAGACCAGGUUUCUCAUCGAGGAGGAAAUGAUUUUCAAUCCUUCUUGUUUACAUUUGCCAGCCGCCUACAGGCCUUUAUUUGCAAAGCGCUGCAUAAAUGUUUACAGCUUGCUGUGGAAAUAACACUGGUUAAAGGGAGACCUUACACCAUUUGCAUUGUCACUGUAUUUAUCUUCUAGCCUGUAAGAAUAUGUGUGUGCUCGUGUUCCUGCUUUAUGAUUUACCAUGCUUACUGACUAUUACUAUGCUUGUUAAUAUAAAUAAAUAAAUGUUUUCAAUUA